AUGCCGCCCACUACACGAGCACGGACUAUUCGAGAAGCUACUGCUACGAGCGCAGAGCCCCAUCAUACAAUUGCUAGCGCGGACCAGAUCGAAGGGUGUAUUCAACAACGACGAUCAACAGAAUCGAAAAAGAGCUCGAAAUCCUCUUUGCGAAGCAAAUAUCCUGACACUCCACCACGAUUCGUGAUUGAUCUGUCUUUGCCUCCUGAGCAAAGAUAUCUGGAAGUAUGCGCAGCUUUCCAGCAGGAGAUCAGUGAUCUCACGCCGUUGUUCGAUGAGGUUGUCGGAGGUAUGCUACAGGCAGUGCCUUUGAAAUGGCUACACCGCGCUUGUCGCUUGCUCCUGCGAGGAGUGUAUGAUUCGGAAGAGAAUAAAGAGCUCAAGGGUAUUAGCAAGGCAACAGGAGUCGCGAUAUACUUGCUGGUGUGCUUCAAUGUGCUGCUUGACCUGUUCAUGGGGUGCAGCUCGGGUGGUGCUGCUAUACGAGAUGGCGAUACAGGUGUCAAGAUGCUGCAUUUUCGGACUCUAGACUGGGGCAUGCCAUCUCUGAGGAAGAUCGUCGUUCAGCUUGACUUCGUCACGCAAGAGGGCGGACCUGUCGUGGCCUCAAGCCUGACUUAUGCUGGGUAUGUGGGCGUGCUGACUGGAGUCAAAAAGGAUCUCAGUCUUAGCUUGAACUUUCGUCCUAAUCGACUGGAGAAGGGAAAGUGGAUUGCCGACGCCAAAUACUAUUGGCAUCUGGCAAUGGUCCUGCUUGGUCGAAGGCGGAGCAUUUCCAGCGAGCUAAGACGGUUUCUGUUGCCGAAGCCAACGAAGCACGAUGCGAAAGAGAAAGAGAAGGAAGUGCCUUGGAGCUCGCCUAAAUAUACCGAGAUUGUUGAGGAGGUCAAGUGUAGUGGCAGAAAGCCUAUGAAGACAACUGCAUGUUAUUUGUGCUUUAGCAACGGACAGGAGACGACAGUGUUCGAGAAGGACUACAGGACUGCCGUGUUCAGAUCAAGCAAUGAGCUGAUUGUAAUCACCAACAACGACCUAGAAGCAGAGUCGGCCAACAGUACUUCAGGAGAGCAGACAUCUCAAUAUGUAGGAGCAUUGCAGGAGAUUCUGGACGAAGCACAGGAUCGAAGGAAGUGUGCUGGAGAUAAUUACAACGCAAUGAAAGCAGACGCAGCAAAGCGGCAUCGAUCGGCAGUAUUGGAGGGCGACGAUUCGUCGAGACUGCUUGAUGUCGAGCAUAUUGUGAGACUGGUGCAGAUGUACCCCACGACAAACGAAGAGACACACUUUGCAUGUGUUAUGGAUCCCAAACAGGGCACAGCAGUGUGGUGUAGGCGCUGGGUGAAGCCGAUCUCACAGGCAUGGAUUGCAGAGCAUUGGAGUCCUACAAGUACGUGGUAG